AACGCUCCCUCCAGAAACGAAUAUCCAGAUAUCGAAUAGCAUUGAAAAAAUAUGCCUUUUGCAUCGGUUGGGACCGGUCGUGUAGCGAUCGCGUUCGUCAGUCGGCAAAGAGCGGGAGUCGUCGUCGCAGCAGUGACCGUAAAAGUGGAAAUAAUAUUGUACGGAAAAUCCAUUUUACUAAAAACUUAAAAAAAAAAAAACCAUUGGAAUUAAAUUAAUAAUAAUUAGACGUGACGUGUUGCCGCGUUAAAAUAUAUAAUUAGGCGUUGCACAAAUCGUUCUUUUUAUAGAAAACUGAUAUACUACGUUGGCGUUCUCGACGAUCCGCCGUAUCAGCAGAAAUGAAUUCUGCUAAAAUCAAAGUCAACAACGUCGACAUUAACUACUUCAAAGUCGGAAACGGGCCACAGAAACUGUUGAUAUUUCCAGGAGCACUAGGUCAAGUCAACGAUUUUACACCGCUAACGGAAAAUCUCGACCAAGAAAAGUACACGAUAUACGUAUGGGAUCCUCCGGGUUACGGUUCGAGUCGACCGCCGAACAGAGAUUUUUCACCGGGAUUUUUGAACCGUGACGCCGACUGUGCCAUCGCACUCAUGGAGGCGCUGGGCAUCGACCGGUACUCGAUGUUGGGCUGGUGCAACGGCGGGUGCACCGCCCUGAUCGCGGCUUCCAGGGCCGCCGACCGAGUGGACAAGCUGGUGGUGUGGAGCUGCAACGCGUACGUGACCGGCAAGGACCUCGAGUUCUACGAGACGACGCGCGACGUGCACAGCUGGCCGGAUCAGUGGCGACUGCCGCAGUUCGAAAUGUACGGCGAGAGGUACGUGUCGGACACGUGGUCCGGGUGGAUAGACGCGUCCCGGAAGAUCCUCGACGAGGGCGGCGGCGACGUGUGCAUGGGCGCGCUGGCGCACAUCGACGCGCCCACGCUCAUCCUCCACGGGGCGCUGGACGUGUUGGUGGCCGUCGAACACGCCGUGUACCUGCACGAGAACAUCAAGAGUUCGACGCUUGAAAUAUUUCCAGAUGGCAAGCAUAUCAUACAUUUUAUGUUCCCAGAAAAAUUCGUUUCGGUGGUGGAUAAAUUUCUUACUUCUAUACAGUAAAAAAUAGGUUACUACUUAUAUUAUCAUUAAUUUAUGUUAGAUAUAUAUAUUUUAUACAUUAUUUUACACUACAACCUACAACUUAUAGAAAUAUAAGUUAUAAAAAUAACAUUUUGUUUUAAUUUGGAAUAAUAUAAAAGUUAUAUUUUUAAUUUGGAGUUCACAAACUAAAUAUAGCAUACAUGCGAUGAAUAUACAUAAAAAAAUAUGCAAUUUACCAGUCAGUAUAUUAUAUUAUAUUAUAUUUAUGUUA